AUUAAAAUGAAUGACGAUAGAGGUUUCAACGAAGAGCUAGAGUUCUUUUUAAACGACUUAGACGAAAUGAACUACGAAUUGACAAGUAGUGAUGACGAAGAAGCUCGGCGUGAAAGGCGCAUUGAAGUACGCAGAAGAAUGGUUCCUUUCUAUUCUAGACGAACCGAUAUGUACGACGAGUUUUUUAAUGACGAUCAAUUAUACAAAACCUUUCGUUUUGAUAGAGCUUCACUCCAAUUUAUUGAAGGAUUGAUAAAUGAUAAACUCGAACGAAAAUUAAAUGGUCGAAAGUUUCUUACACCGAUGCAGCAAAUUCUUGCUGCACUAAAUUUUUAUGCCACUGGAACUUUUCAAAAAGAGGUUGGACAUGUUCUUAGAAUGAGUCAAUCAUCGGUGUGUCGCAGCGUACAUGACGUUUCAAGUGCAUUAUGCUCUAUAGCACGAGAAUGGAUUUCUUUCCCAGAAAAUUUAAAUAUGGUAUGUCUUGAGUUCUCAGAAUUUGCUGGUUUUCGUGGUAUAAUUGGUGCAAUUGAUGGAUGUCAUAUAAAAAUAGCAAGGCCAUGGGUUGACGAGAAAAUCUAUGUUAACCGUAAAAAUUUUCAUUCUAUCAACGUACAGGCUAUUUGUGAUGCCAAUGGUAGGGCGUUAAGCGUCUAUGCAAAGAAACCCGGAAGCACUAAUGAUGCAGCAAUGUUUGUUGAAAGUAUAAUUGGUCAACGGUUAGCAAGAGGAGAUUUUUCUCCUUUUCAUUUAAUCGGGGACAGUGGCUAUGCAUGUACACCUUAUUUACUUACGCCAUAUGCAGUGCCGAGAAAUGAACCAGAACGAAGAUUUAACGUUGCUCACAAAAAGUCUAGGUGCGUAAUCGAACGGUUUUUUGGUAUGGUAAAGCGUAGGUUUCCGGCUCUUUUCUUUGGAAUACGCAUGCAACCCGGUCGUGCUUGUCGCGUGAUAAUGGCAUGCUUCAUCCUUCACAAUAUAGCCCUAUCACGAAGACAACCAGAUUUCGACGACGAUAUAGCAGUUAAUCAUUUUGAGGAACAAGAUUAUGACAAUCAACCCGAUAGACAAGAAAAUUUGGCUCAAGCAGCUCUACGUCUACGAAGACAAGGUUUCGAAAAGCGAAAUCGAAUGACAUUGAAUGAUUUCACUCGUUAA